AUGGAAGCAACAACUCAAACCCCGGACUGGAAAAAACUCAUCUGGACAGGGGAGACAUCACCGAAAAUCAGGUUGUUAUUAUGGAAGAUAACCCAAGGAGCUCUCCCUACCGGUGCUAACCUUCAGCAACGAGGUCUAAUGCAACAUACUACCUGCAUACGAUGUGGGGAACUCGAAACUGAAGCACACCUAUUCCUGCACUGCGACUAUGCACGACAAGUCUGGACAUCGUCUCUGUUUAGAGACCAGCUUGAUCCUUCAGCCUUCCCGACUUUUCUUGAUGCCCUCACCUUUGGGAAAACAGCGGUAGGCCUCCCUCCCUUGGGUGUUCUAGCUGACAUCUUUCCUUGGGUUUGUUGGUACAUUUGGAUUGCGAGAGACCAGAUGAUCUUUGAAAAAAGAUUUAUCAAGCCAGAGAUUACUGUAUCAAAGGCCAUUUGGAGUGCAAGAGAGUGGAAACUGGCACAACCAACAGUAACUCAGAAACCAUGCACCAUCAAACAAGUGAUCAUACCCGACCUGGAUGAUUUAAUAGUUUGUUGUUCAGACGCAGCUUGGAGAAAGGAAACUAAUAUGGCGGGCUUUGGAUGCAUCUUCAUGGACAAACGAGGGACAGUGGUCUCUCAAGCGAACCGGGUGGAGAGGAGCAUCCCUUCACCAUUGGUAGCAGAAGCCUUGGCUUUACGGUGGGCACUCUUCACGGCUCUCUCCUUGGACUACACAAAAAUCUGUUUCAGAGCAGAUUGUCAGUCACUCGUUACAGCGCUUAAUGCGCAUUCUUCGACAACUCCUCCGGCGGGUCUCUACGGGAUCAUCCAGGACAUCGAUCAUCUAUCUUUAUCUUUCAGCUCUGUUUCUUUUAAAUUCAUAGCUAGAAUUUCGAAUUCGGCAACAGAUGAACUUGCUAAAGCUGCACUUUGUACUGCUACUCCUUCUCCCCCAUAG